CCCAAUGUCGCAAGACACGCUUAGAGUGGUAGUAUGCGGAGACGACACUGUAGGGAAGUCGUCCCUCGUAUCGUCACUAAUAAAAGAAACAAUUAUCACGGAGCAAGAAGUACUUCCACCUAUAACAAUAUCUGGAGACGACUAUACCAACAGUUUUCUGGAAUAUGCCUCGAGCACUGAGGGCAAGAGCUCCAAGAAGUCCCGAAAACAUCCACUGAAGAAAGAUGAAUCGUUGCAGAAGUUCAAUGAGACUGGAAUGAAGUUGGUACUGAAAUAUAUACCUAACAAGACAGUGAUAAUAGAUACAAUAUCGUCUGACAUGGUACAACUACAAAAGGAAUUGAAACGAGCCGAUGUUAUUUGGCUUGUAUAUUCUGACCACUAUACGUAUGAAAGAAUCUCAUUGCACUGGAUGCCGAUGUUCAGAUCUAUGGGAGUCAAUUUGCCCAUAGUGUUAUGUGCCAACAAAUCUGACCUUUUGCCAAAAGACACUUUAAAGACUCAGAACACUGACGAGUUCAUUCCGUUGAUCCAUGAGUUCAAGGAAAUAGAAGCCUGCGUGAGAUGUAGCGCUAAGGCCAAUUACAACGUAGUGGAGGCCUUCUAUCUAUGCCAAAGAGCGAUCACCCAUCCCAUUUCGCCUAUUUUCGACUCUAAAGAAGGCAAUUUAAAACCAUCAGCUAUCGCUGCAUUGAAGAGAGUCUUUUUCCUUUGUGACAAGGAUCAAGAUGGACAUCUAAAUUUUGAAGAAUUAUCUGAUUUGCACAAAAAGUGCUUUGGAAAGCUGGCUACCCAGGCAGAAUAUGACGUGAUAGUAAAAACCCUAGACCAGAGGAUAUACCCAGACCUCUCUUCGGGAAGUACAGGCAUCUCUGAAGAUGGAUUCAUUUUACUUAACAAGAUUUACGCUGAAACUGGCAGACACGAAACGAUAUGGGGCAUAUUGAGAGCUUACCACUAUACAAACUCAUUGUCUUUGAACGAUAGAUUCUUGUUUCCAAAACUAGACGUAAAUCCCAACUCAAGUGUAGAAUUGAGUCCAACAGGGUAUCGAUUUCUUGUUGACUUAUUCUUGAAAUUUGACAAAGACAAUGAUGGUGGACUUAACGAAGAAGAGCUCAACAACUUGUUCCGACCUACUCCUGGAAUUCCCAAGCUCUGGCAAGAGUCCAACUUCCCAUCUUCCAUAGUUUGUAAUGAGGCAGGAUAUGUAACAUUGCAAGGAUGGUUGGCACAAUGGAAUUUGACCACUUUUUUGGACUACAAGGCAACAUUGGAGUAUUUGGCAUAUUUAGGGUUCGAUGAAGAUAUUUCAGUCAAGGCAUUGAGAAUCACCAAGCCUCGUAAGAGAAGACAGAAACAAGGUAAAUUCUACAGACAGAACGUCAAUGAUAGAAACAUAUUCAACUGUUUCAUCUUAGGAGCACCUAAGUCAGGAAAAAGUUCCCUUCUUGAACUGUUCUUGCGUGGAUCAUACAGUGAAACAUAUUCGCCCACCAUUAAACCUCGAUUGUGUAUCAAAGAUAUUGAAUUGAGAGGGGGAAAACAGUGCUACUUAAUUCUCGAAGAGCUCGGAGUCCACGAGUCUGCCAUCCUUGAAAACAAACUGAGGCUAGACCAGUGUGAUGUCAUAUGCUAUGCUUAUGAUUCUUCCGAUCCAGAACUGUUUCAAUAUCUUGUUGAAUUACGAGAUAAGUAUUCUGUCUUGCUUGACGAGAUUCCUUCGGUAUUCGUAGCCCUUAAAGCCGACUUAGAUAAACAACAGCAGAGAUCAGAUGUGCAGCCAGAAAACUACACUAGAGACCUAUAUCUUGGGUCCCCACUACAUAUUUCUUCUGCUUGGACUACUUCUUUACACGAACUAUUUAUUCAACUAGUAGAUGCGGCUAAGAUGCCAAGUACAGCUACGCCGGGUCUAGAAAGCGAACCGGAUUUUACAGACCAGGAGAAUUUCAAACACCUUGUCAUGGCAGGAGGAGCGGUAACUGUCAUGACCAUAGUGUCAGUAUGGAUCUGGCGGAGUUCUGUACAAAGUUCCCGAAUCUAGGAAACCAUAUCAGCUGCACAUACUUUAUAGUGGAACCUGCGCGACAUGCACGACAUCCCGAAAUUUUUCUGCGACAAAGAUUUUUUUUUGAACCUCAUCCCUCUAUAGAAGUGAAAAAUCGAAUUCAAUCACUAGAGGUUCAUAUCUAGACUCAUACCAAAAUAGCUAGUUAACACGAUGUCUG